UAAAAAUAUGGCUCCUCUUGAGGAUGCUAUAAGUUGAACUAUGGUGGGUUUGUUCUUGGAAUCAUGGAUCUGAUCAACUGGGAGAAUAGACUGUUUUAAAUAUCAAAAUCCGUGCGUCUCCUUUAAAUCCACCGAUGUCUAGGGCAGAGGAGCAACCGCCAUCGGAUCCCAUUACGUCACUUCCCGAGGACGUUGCCUUCGACAUCUUAGCGCGUGUACCGAGACGCGACUAUCCAAGAGUCUCCCGCGUUUCGAAACUCUUCCGCUCACUCAUCGUUGCGUCGCCUGAGGUAUUAUACGCGAGACGAUCUUCCUCAGGUUGCGCUGAACACUGUCUCUAUGUUUCAGUCCGUAACCUCGUCAACGGCGUUGACCGUUUGUAUACUCGCAUCGGCGACCGCCGCUUGGUCCUCAUCCCUGGGCUUCCCCCUUUGCCUCGCCGCGGAAGCCUUGUGGCAGUAGGUUCGAGGAUAUAUGUGUUUGGUGGGGUUAGGGUUACAUCGAGUGCUUUCAGCAUCGACUGCAGAUCUCACACUGUUCAACCCCUCCCGAGCAUGCCGUUCCCCAUGGCUGAUACAGUCGCUGACUAUAUGGAUGGGAGGAUCUACGUUAUUGGAUCUGAUGAGUCAAAGAAGGUGGUGGUGGUGUUCAAUACGGAGACACAAACGUGGAUGACGACGACAAAGCCAGCAGGGAUGGUGGAGAUAGGUGACUUGAGGACGUAUGGUAAUGCGGUGCUGAUGGGUGGUAAGAUGUACAUGAGGGAUAACUGGAAGAGCUUUGUUUACGAUCCAAAGGAAAGCAAAUGGGAAAUGGACGAGGUCCUGGGUUCCAAGGAGUGGGGGAGUGCGUGUGUCGUUGAUGAUGUUUUGUACUAUCACGAUUCUCGUAAGAACGAGUUAAGAUGGUAUGACCCGAAGCAGAGGUGUUGGGGAGUGGUGAAAGGCGUGGAAGAGUUGUUGGCUCAGACGCUUGAUUUUGGGUAUAUACAGACUGUGUGUUACGGUGGGAAGCUGGUUUUGCUGUGUCCUAAAGGAGGUGUCAGAAUCAUGCGGGAGGUUUUUUUUGCUGAGAUUUCUCUGGAAAGACGCAAAGGAGGAGGUCAGAUUUUGGGUGAAGUUGAUCAUAUGUGCGAUCUUGCUUUGACUGUUGCUGGUGGUAAAUUUCACACUGUGAAAGCUCUUGAUGUUGUGGUUUGAUUCAGGAACACUCCUUUCUUCAUUUGAGCUUGUUGUUAAGUGAGGGCAUUUGUUCUUGUUCUUGUUGCUCUUGUUUGCGGGUUAAGUUUGUAUGUUUUUGGUGCAAAAAAAAAUUAAAAUAAAAU